UUCCAACAGAGAAAGACGACUGUCUGUAACAUAACACCCAAGUCACAUGAUAGCUAAUGUGAUCACAUGACAAUCAACACUAGGCUGUGUGAAGAUUUCUUUAAAGUCCACUGAAUUCUGAAUUGAUCUAUGGGGUCUUUGUGAGAAUGGCUGCACGGUUGCUUUUCCUUGGAUUCAUGUUACUGAUCCUCGGUGGAAAGGCUGAGACACGUUUAUCUGAGGAAAAGCUCAAUAAUGAGGUCAUCCCAUCUCACAGAGACCUUGCUGCUGAUUUCAAGGAAAUGUAUUUUAAACAGAUUUUAGACCACUUCAAUUACAACAGCUUUGGCAAUGGCACAUAUGAGCAACGUUACCUUAUUACAGAUCAGUACUGGAAGAAAGCCUAUGGACCCAUAUUUUUCUACACUGGCAAUGAGGGGGACAUAUGGGAGUUUGCACUGAAUUCAGGCUUCAUCACAGAGCUGGCAGCAGUGCAGGGAGCCCUUGUGAUAUUUGCUGAGCACAGAUAUUAUGGAAAAUCUCUUCCGUUUGGGAAGGAUUCAUUUAAUAUCCCUGAGGUGGGGCUGUUGACAGUGGAGCAGGCCCUGGCUGACUAUGCGGUCAUGAUCACAGAGCUAAAGAAGGAACUGGGAGCUCAGACAUGUCCCGUCAUCGUCUUUGGUGGAAGCUAUGGAGGAAUGUUGAGCGUUUACAUGAGAAUCAGGUACCCGAAUAUUGUUGCUGGUGCGUUAGCCGCUAGCGCUCCCAUCCUGUCCACCGCAGGUCUUGGAGACUCUACACAGUUUUUCCAGGAUGUCACUGCUGAUUUCCAGAAGAUGAACCCUGCCUGCAGAGAUGCGGUGAAAGGAGCUUUCCAGAAGCUAAACACUUUGGCUCAACAGAAAGACUACACCCGUAUCCAAUCUGCUUUCUCGCUGUGUAAAACACCCUCCACCCCAAAGGACAUUAAUCAGCUGAACGGACUCUUACGCAACGCCUUCACCAUGUUGGCCAUGUUGGAUUAUCCCUACAGCACUCAUUUCAUGGGCAGCAUGCCAGCCUUCCCUGUGAAGGUGGCGUGUGAAACCAUGCUGAGUGGCACUGAUCUCAUGUUGGCACUCAGAGAUACUGUUGGCAUUGUGUAUAAUUCCACUGGACAGCUCGCAUGUUAUGACCUGUACAGUCUCUAUGUGGAGUGUGCCGACCCCACCGGCUGUGGCCUUGGCUUUAACAGCUAUGCAUGGGAUUACCAGGCCUGCACUGAGAUCGAGAUGUGCUAUGAGAGCAACAAUGUGACAGACAUGUUCCCAGCGAUGACAUUCACCAAGCAGCAGAGGGAACAGUACUGCUCAAAGAGAUGGGGGGUGCUGCCACGGCCAGGGUGGCUCAAGACCCAGUUCUGGGGACAAAAUCUCUCCACUGCAAGCAAUAUCAUAUUUUCCAAUGGGGAUCUUGAUCCUUGGGCAAAUGGAGGGAUCAGGAAGACACUCAGCCCAUCACUGAUUGCAAUCAACAUACCAGAGGGAGCUCAUCAUCUGGAUUUAAGGGAGUCCAACCCUGCUGAUCCCGAGUCUGUGAUUGUGGCUCGUAAGAAGGAGUCUGAAAUCAUUGCUCAAUGGGUGAAGGCGGCAAGGAAAAAAACACCACGAGUUAUUUAAUGUACAAUUUAUUUCAACAUUUGUGAAAUUGUAAAAUAUGGAAUAAAUCCAUCUAUUUUCCACAAAUGGACAUUAAAAAGAUGUAUAUUAAAUCCAGAAAUAUCAAUUUGUCAAUAAAAAACAUUUUCAUAAUGUACAAGCUCACUCUUGUCGAAAAUCAUCAUUUAGAAAUUGCCAGAUUGAGUUGUGGUGAGUCAAAGGAAUAUAUACAGCUGUACCACAUUAUAAUUAUUAUUGCCCCGUUUUAGCAUAUUCUUUCAAAUUCAUGGCACGUCUUUGGUGAAUGAAUGAUUCGGAACUAUGCUGAUUUGUCAAUAUGCAUGAAGCAGAUGAUAAUUUAAUACAUUUGCACAACAAUUGAGAGUGAGGCAUGAAAAGCCCUUCAUUUUAAUCUGAGUUACACAAGCAAGCUGUCUUCAACUUCUCACACAUAAUAUAAUAUAAUAAAAUACCCAGAAAUGGUAUACAGAUGGCAAGUUAAUCUAUCACUUACACACUGAAUUAUAAAUAAUCACAAGUAUUUAUUCACAAAAAAAAGAGAAUCAUAAAUAGCUUCACAACAGGAAUGAGAUGAUUAGAAUAGAUUGAUUUCUCUUGAAAAUAGUCAUUUGUCAUCAUUGCUCUGUAUGUAAAGGCACACGCGGAACAGAACCCCUCACCACAGCACGACGUCGAGAAACCAGUCAACGUUCAGCCCUUGAUGAACAGCUGUAAUGUGUAUAUACACUACCUAAACAAACCUCUGGAUAAUAUUACUGUAAGAUUCGGCACAGUGAGACGUAAUGUUCAACCAGCUUUUCAAAUACAAUGCCUUAAUACACCUGUGAUCUGUGUAAACAACAGGUCUAUU